CCUGCCCUCCAAUUAAGAACAAACUCCUUUAGGUUCGACCAUGUACCCCCACAGAUCGCCUUUCCCCGGGGCAGUGACAAAGGGGAGGAAUGCAGAGCCGGCCCGGCGGACGCCCGCCCACUUCCCCGGGGCAGCGUUGCCGGGCGCCGCUCCCCCGGGCUGGGCACCGCCCCGCGGCUUCACGGGGGACGCGGCAGCGGCCCCUCCCCGGCGCGAAGCCGCAGCUCCGCGGUGCAGCUGGCCAUGGCGAUGGGUCGCGGCAGGGCCCUGCGGCAGUACGGCCGCGGCGCGGCGGCGGUAGGCGCUGCGGCAGCUUCUCCUGGUGCCGCCAUUGUCGGGCUGCCGGGGCCUUUUACCCCCACUGCUGUCGCCAGCGGCCCUCGGCUUGGCCGGGCUGCUGGGCUCAGAAACAGGUCAAGAAGCUUUGCUGCCAGGUCUGGGGAAUGUUCUGAAACUGUAAAUGCUGCGAUUGAAAGUCUGCAUUUGACACCUUCCAUAAAACCUAAACCUAAUUUGUGCAUUGAGAGCAUGCCAUCAGAAAUGCUGAUGAAGAUAUUUUCCUAUUUGGAUGCUGUGUCCCUGUUGUCUGUUGGUUGUGUAAAUAAGCGCUUCUAUCAUCUGGCCAACGAUAAUGGAAUCUGGCUGAAAAUCUAUUCCAGUUGUUUUCAACCAAAAAGGACAAUGUGGAAAAUGGAGUCUGACCAAACAGAAACUGUUUCUUUGGGCUGUAUUCCUCUAUGUGAUAGAAAGCCUGGGUACUGGAAGAAAGAAUACAUCUUAAAACAAAUAGCUGCUGUCAAAACUAGAGUAAUGCGACUUGUUAAACCUGUAGAUCCUUAUACAGGUCUUCCAUGUAAAAACAAAGAAGCUAUGAAAGCCUUGGGCUUGAGUUGGAUAAUUGUUCUAAAGGACAAAAAUGGAAAGGAACAUGUAAUGGAGAAGGCAAACCUAUCAUUUAAGGACACAUCUGUUAAUAUACUUUGGUAUAGUACAAAUUGGCCAUGCUUGGACAUCCUGUCAACCCUAAAACUAUUUGGAGUUACACCGUUGCUUCCUGACCAAAGCAGAGCUCCCAGCAAGAAUGGACCUCGCCAAUGUUCCUUAAUUGCUGAAUACCAUCUUGCAAACCUGAGUGAAAGUGGUGUAGCAAUUGGUGCUGAUAAGCUUGUCCAGCUCUUCAGUCUGAAUCCAGAACUCUUAAUAGGACUUUGGAAGGAGAAAAAUGAAAUUGCUUUUGUUAUGGCGAGUCUUCAUUAUCAUCAACUUCUUGAGAGAAGCACUUUGGGUUCUGCUACUGUCCAAUAUGCCUUUCCACCUAAUAAACCUGUAUUGGAUGACAUUGACCCAGAAUAUGGCCUGCAUGACUACAGUCUACAUCUUGAUAUGCAUGGUAGAAGCUGCACCUACCUGUGUGGGACAUUCAGGAGCCUCUUCUGCAGAAAAGGUGACAUUGCAAACGGAUAUUUGAGGCUCCCAGUUGUAACCUUAAAGGAUAAUACAAAGCACGUGCCUCUUACUGGGACACUUGGCUUAACCUGGGAAACAGAUGCAUUGAAAGGCAAUGUAAAGGACUGCUACGUGAUGGAUUUUACCCUCUUGGAUGAAACUGGGAAGCCCUUCUGGUGUUUCAGUGCCCCAGUCUACAUGGAACUGUCUUCCAAGGCAUCGAGCCUCUAUGACUACAUGGGUCACAUCUAUACCACAAACUAUGCAGAUUCAGAGGGUAAAGUCUGUGUUGAGUUCAUAUGGUUGGAAGAAACCAAGGAGUAUUUUAUAGUCAAUUUGGUGCUUUAUAUAAGCACCAAAAAGGUAAAUAACUGGUAUGGAACAAAUUACUGACUUAACUGGGUCACAAAUUUCCUUCAAACACAAAAACACACUAAACUUUUGAUGCUUAAAGUUGAUACCAAUGAGCAAGACUGUUUCUGCAAGUUUUUCAGUAACAAGAGCACUUGUGUGUGUGUGUGUAUAUAUAUAUAUAUAAUUGAUAUAGGAGGAAUUGAAGAGACAUUUUGAUAAAUGGAUGUUUUUCUUCUCUGGUGUACAUCACAUGGUUAGUCUGUUUCUGGUACUGGGUAUAUCGAAAUUAUUUCUAGGAUUAUUUUUCUUUAUAGAUACUUGUUCUGUGGUUAAAUAAUUGCUUCUUGCGAGAGCCAUACUGUGAAAAUGUCUUACCUUACAUAAUCUACACUAUUUUUGAGAACAUUGACUUUUAUGCCUAGUAGUAAAACAGCAUAUAUGCUGUUCCAUUCAGAUUAUUUAGAAUGUUAUUGGUAAAUAACAGUUUUUGACAGGUUUUGUUAAAUGGAGAAGUACUUUUUUCAUAAAAUAGUUCACUUAAAUGUAUCCUAGUAGGGUAUUUAAAAGGCAGGAAGUGAUGGAUCUGAACAAUACAGCAUUCAUUCAUUAGGAAAAUCACAUAUACUAUCUAUUAGAAAAUUAAUUUGAAUUCAUAUUUCAUCUGUUUUCCCAUGUUGGGACCCUCUGUCCGAUUUGAACCUAAAUAUUUGCCUCAUGUAUUGGCCUAUGUAUUGGUAUCCCAGCCAUCAGCACAGCUGAGCUGAUACCUGCUCUUACUGAAUGUACAUAACAUUCAGUUGCUUUGGAAACAAUGCAUAUCUGAUACCAUUUAUUUCACAAGAAGCAUUAAUAUAAAAAUUGAAUAUGUGUGUCUGAUCCUUCAUGUUAUUUGAAGUAACUUUAGUACCAAAUCUACUACACCUGUAUAAAAAAAAUAAAAUUAUGUGAGAUUGGGACUCCAGUGUCAUUACAUGGCGUGUUUGAAACCACAGCAAAUUUGUGUAGUUUCACAGCACUUUGUGAAGAAAAAAGCACAGCUCUCUUGUUGCCUUCUGUGACUUUAUUAUGGUAGUGUUUUGGUUCAUGCAAGCAGUGUUCAUGUGGAAGCACCUGUGCUCUAUACUGCAGAGACAGUAGGAGACCUGUACUGCAGUGACAGGAUUGUUUCUUAAUGUACCUUUCAAAGAUAAUAAAGUUAAGGCUGAUUCAGUUCUAGUUUGACUUGUAUAAGGUUGCCUAAUGAAGAAAUGGAAAUAUUUCUGUGUUUGGUCCUUAGCCAGUGUAACAAGCAGGAUCAGCUGCAUUCUGUCUCCUUUCUUUUUGACUACUGAUGGGGAAGAAAUCACAUAGAUGUUUUAACAAGCGGACCAGGUGUGAUGAAUUCCAGAGUAACAGACGCCAAAACUCAUACUGCACAGCCAAGUGGCCAGUCACGUUUUUCUUUUGUGGCACUACCUUAAGCAAGGAAAUGGUAGCCCAGUCCCAAAGUCUUCAGUCACUGGCCUCACUGCUAAGCGUGUAAAUGAAGAUGUAGAAUUAUUCUGGCUGCAUUGAUCCUUUUUGAUGUGCAAGCAUGUUCUCUGACCCACUGUGAAGCUGCCAAAGUCAAUGGAGGUGCAGCAGCCAUCCAGUGGUUAAGAAUUCUGUCACUGCUUAUUCUAGCUGAGUUUUUGUUGCAUUUCCAAUGGUUGGUUGGUUGGUUGGUUUGAUUGUGGGGUUUUUGGUUUGUUUUCGUUUUUUUAAGUACUUAAUUUUCUUUAAAAAGCAAUUUUGAUUUCCAAGGCAUUUGACUUAAUUAUACAAUUGAAUGUUUUACAGAAAAUUCUGGUGUCACUGUUGGAAAUGAAACAAAUGAGUAUGGCUGUCCUUACCCCAAUACUCCAAUCUAGUAGCCUGAAAGUUUACUAGCCGUAAUAAAGAGGUGGGCAAGUCUUUAGCAGCACUGUCAACCUAAAAAGUGAUAUAAGGCAUAGCAGAGUUUCCUCAGGGUAUUGCUAACUUAUUUCUGCUGUUCAUAAACAAGAAUAUAUAUUUGCAGCAGACCCAAGCAAAUGAUGGUUCUGAGAUCUUCAAAGAUUGAGGUAACUGUUGCAGAGCUUUUCUCACACAUCUUCACUGUAAUAACAGGACCAUAAUCUUGUCCUUCCUGAAAAUGUGAAGACUAAGAAUGCAUUCUUACUUCUUCAGAUAGGCCUGAGAUGGACGUAAACCUGCUGUAGUGUUAUGCCAUGUGUACACUGCUUUAAUUUCAGCUGACAGUUGAUUUUAACUUGCACAGCAGAAGCAAACUGAGUAGUUACCACCUGUAUGAUCAAACCUGGAAAAUUACAUGAGGCUUUACUCAAAAUUCAUUUUCUUCAACUCCCAUUUUCCUUUCUUUGUAUAAGUGAGAACAUAACGCUGAACCUCCACAAAGAAAAUUGGUGACAUUAAGUAACAGCAUUAGCCCUUUUUAUGAAAGAAAAUACAAUCUGUUCCAAAAAUACUACAUGGUUUGAUAAAAUCUUUAGCUAAUCUUCUGCCAAGUUCCUUUUUAUAUACCUGGUGCAAAAGGCAGCAGCAUGAGUUGCAUGUCCCACUCUGUGAUAAAAUAUUCUUGCUGUGUGAAAGACAAUUAUUACAAGAAACAGGCAAAAUGGAGGCACCACUUGAAAUCUGGUCAUCAAAACACACAACUGGUCAUGACACUAAGCCUUACAUCACAUUUUUCUCUUAAUGCCUCAGGAUUUCUUGCAGCUGCUCUUAAAGGUUUUGUUAGUAUUCCAUACUGAAGACAGGACAGUGUCUUUUGUUGUGAUUGCAUCAUUUGUGCAAGUAGUAGGACAAUUUCUGUGAGAGAAAGUAUAAGCACUUUUAAGUGGAAAAGAUUGAAAGGUUAAAGAUUUUACUUUUAUUUGUGUGUACUUCAGGGACCGACUCAUCCAAGUAAAAAGAGAGUAGCCAACAUGAACUCUUAAAUCUGUAUUUUUAAGUACUCUGCAGCAGGUAGAACUGUAGUAUUUUUAAAAGGGUGAUUUACCUGGUAGGCAAGCAUAAAAACAGUACUUAUGUUUAUUCUAUUGCAAAUAUAAUAGUGCUCAUUUAACAUAAUAAGUUUAAAUUGCAUUGAAAAGGAAUCAGUUAGUAUGAAAGAGUGAUUUAAUGAAAGGGCUUUUAUGAGAUUAUUCCAGCAGCGGAGGAGUUAUCUUUUUAAUAGAACUACAUUUAAAUGUUAAUCCUGCCGUUUGUCAUUGUUUUGCCAGAUGUCUGCUAUGUACCUAAAUGCUUCCAUUUUCUGUGUUCUUGAUUUUAUUUUUGUCUUCAAUAAACAAUUCAUUAAUAUUCUUGGGCACUUAAUGUUAUCUUCCAUUGAUACAAGCUGGAACUAUGUUGUUUUAUAACAUCUAAAGAAUUGUCUUUAAUGUUAACACUGCCACUCUGGAAUCAUUGCUCUUUACUGUGGUUGGCUUACUUAGUGGGGAACUAGUAACAGCUGUAUAUUUCUGAAGUCUGUAGUGUAGGUUAGUAAUCAUAGUAUUUUGCUUCUAAGUGGCUUUUCACUUUUCUUGUUUUUUCUUCCCAUCCUUUUGCAAUUGCUAUUAGAGAUCCAGCUCUGCUUUCAUUGUGUGUUUCUGUUCCCAUGUGCUUUUGAUACAUUUGGUAGAAUACAGAAGGCAGUUGUUUGCUGGAUAGGCUCAUCACAGAUAUAUUAUUUUUUUUCCUGCCUGGCCUCUUUAUCCCUAUUUAGCAGGCAUGUUUUGAUUCACAUUUGUCUGUUAGGUAUCUAGGUAUGGCCUUGAUUUUGCUGAAACUGUUCUCAUUGUCGUAUGCUUGUUUUUUGAGACAGGGACUGUCAUGGGUGUGGGUUUGUUUGUUUGUGUUUUGUUGUGGUUUUGUUUGUUUUGUUUUUUGUUGUUGUGGUGUUUUGUUUUGUGUUUUUUUUUUAAUUCAGCUAGGUGGCUGGCUGAUGCAUGUGACUGAAUACUUACCAAAAAUAUAGAAUAAUAAGGAUACCACGAGCUGAAAGGGAUUAAUACUGUUUCGGAAUAAGACUCUCAACAAGUCAUCAAGUGGUAUACCUAAAGUAUAUCUUAAUCAGUUACCAUCCAGCAACAGUCAGGUAGUAGCCUACCCUAUAUUUAUGAGGUGUUCCAACACAUUCAAACAAUUACAAGGAUAUUUAGCUGAAAGCUCUUGCUUUUCUGCCUGUCUGGCAUAUUACUGCAGCUCAGCUGAUACGCAGUGACUCACUAAAUUGUGAUAACUGAAUCUGAGCUCAAAUAUAACUGCAUUAGAAACUGCACAGAUAAAACAAUGUUUCAAGAAAUCAGAAUGAGAACAAGCGAUGGGUUUUAGUCCCUGCUUAUGUGUAGUGCAGGGGUGUCCAACUCAUUUUCACCGGUGGCCACAUCAGCCUCGCGGUUCCCUUCACAAGGCCGAAUGUAAUUUUAGGACUGUAUAAAUGUAGGAGUAGUUACAUUGAUACAGUCCUAAAAUUAUAUUUGUCCCUGUGAAGGCAACACGAGGCUGAUGUGACCCCUGGUGAAAAUGAGUUUGACACCCCUGGUGUAGUGGGUUAGAAGGACGAUACUAUGAAAAGUUACAUCUUGUUGUUGUUCCUUGUGUCUUGCUUCCAGCAUUUAUUAGAACGGGAAAUGAUGCCAGCAAGGGCAGCUAGUCAGUUGUGUACGGUAAGCAUUGCUUAUUCUGUUCUUACUUAAAAUUUUAAACCAUUUAGGAGUAUUUCUUAUGCUGUGCCUCUUUUGAAAUGUCCAUGAAAAAGGAGUAAUACUACUUUGUAUUAAUGCUAAUUCAGUUGUGGAAGUGCUUAUAAUAAAGUUGAAAACUGUAGAGCUUAAAA